GUACCACAAGUCCCAUUUUACAGAUGAGGCCCCUGAGGCUUCAGCAAGUCUCAGGGACUCACCACAGUCACCCAUCUAGUAAGGAAAGGAACAAAGACGAAUUUUUCCUAACUCCCAGGUCCAUGUUCUUAAUCACCUGUGACAAUCCCCUCUCAUAUAUCCAGCAGCUGAUGAAGUCUUUCCCUCAGGAAACCAACUGGAGGUAGAUAUGUCAUGUCCAUCUCAUAUGCAAUAUGGUGAAUCAGGAGGAGCCGUGAAAGGAUGACUCACUAAGUUACUCUCCCAAAUGUUUAUGUUUGUUUAGACAGUGACCGUCAUGACCACUAGGGAACAUAGUUUUCUGAUUCUGCUUCCCUUGCCUCCUGGACAAAAGCAGAGCAGAGAAGCAGCAUAAACCGUGGUUGGGGGCCUAAGAAUGAUCCCCAACUCUCCACUGCAAACCACCAGGGUCAGGAAGCCUCCGGAUAAUGCCCUCUCCCUCUUGUUUCACUUUUUAAGUAGGUAAGCUGCACAGAGCAAAGCACUGUUGCGUAUUUCCGGACAGCUUAUUUCUCUUGCAGAGGAAGACUCAUAUACACAACUGAAAGGCAUUAACAUGGGAGAAGAUUUGAGGAAUUAGAAGGGUGGUGAAGGCGUGGUUGUCCAAAAUCCCCCUCUGAGGAGAGAUGAUUGAUAUCUGGCUGUCAUUCCAAGAAGCUUCUGGUUGACAAAUACUGUCUGGUAUUUCCUUGCUGAUUUCUUACCCUCACACCGCAAGCCCUGAUCACUGUGGUCCACUGUGCAAAUGCAAAUUACCUGAAUCAGGCUGCUGGUGACUCACCAACUCCGCUUUAAAGCAACAUCAGGUUCAACGCAGUGACAGCUCAGCGUAGAAGCCAUGGCUCGCAGACACUGCUUCUCCUACUGGUUACUGGUCUGCUGGUUGGCGGUAACUGUGGCAGAAGGACAAGAAGAGGUAUUUACCCCUCCUGGAGACUCACAAAAUAACGCAAACCCUACCGACUGCCAGAUCUUUACACUCACCCCUCCACCCGCCACGAGGAGUCCGGUCACAAGGGGCCAGCCCAUCACAAAGACACCUAGGUGUCCCUUCCAUUUUUUUCCACGAAGGCCCAGAAUCUAUUUUAGGUUUCCAAACAGACCUUUCCUGCCUUCAAGGUGUAACCACCGUUUUCCGUUCCAGCCAUUUUAUUGGCCACACCGUCGCCUUACUCCUUAUAGAUAUUUCCCCAGAAGAAGACUCCAGAGGGGAAGUUCAUCUGAGGAAAGCUGAGAGGGAAGAGAAACCCAAACAUACUGAAGCAAAAAAAAGCCAAUCCUUCAGAAAAAGCAGCAAAAAGAUUUCUGUUUUAUCUUUCCAAACUAACUAUUGGAUCUGAAGAUUAAAUAUCCUAAACACCACUGACUAGAAACUGUUCUCUUUGUCAGCAGUGAAGAUAUUGGAUCACAGGUUAUUGAUGUUUGCAAAAUUGGACAAUAACCACGUUAUUUUUAUCCUCAACUUCUUAUGGUCACAGGAUAUUUAUGCGAAUAAAAUCUUAAAAUGGGUAGCUCUAGUAAUUCCUAUCCAUACUGAGAUGCUGAAAGAAUCCAUCUCCUCCUCUAAAUUAAACAGCAUUUAAAUAAAUUGAGAUCAUUAUAAACCACAUGAAGACACUGAUGACACCGUUUUUAUACUCAUUGGAAAAAGUACAGAGCAAGGUGCAAUGACAAAGUAAACUUUAAAAAAAAAAUUAUAAAGCUUAAAGCAAUUAAAAAGUUAUGGAGAGUCUGACUGUAGAUAAUACUUUAAAGAUAUAAACUUGACUUGUCUAACCCAAAUAAUUAUUAUUAUUAUUUUCUUGGAGAUAGAGUUUCACUCUUGUUGCCCAGGCUGGAGUGUAGUGGUGCUGUCUCGCCUCACUGCAACCUCUGCCUCCCGGGUUCAAGUGAUUCUCCUGCCUCAACCUCCCAAAUAGCUGGGAUUAUAGGCGCCCGCUACCACACCUGGCUAAUUUUUUGUAUUUUUAGUAGAGACAGGGUUUCACCAUGUUGGCCAGGCUAGUCUUGAAUUCCUGACCUCAGGUGAUCCACCCACUUCGGCCUCCCAGAGUACUGGGAUUGCAGGCGUGAGCCACUGUGCCCAGCCCCAAAUAAUUACUUUUAAACUAUGGUAUCUAAAUUUACUUUAAUGUUGACUUCAACUGAUGCAAAUUAAUUUGAUAAUUUUCUCACUGUUUACCAUUAUCAUUACAUAGAUGCUGACUAAAAUGAUAAACUUCCCCUCAAACUUUUAACAUAAUUCCAGGUUCAAAAAGCCUGAUUAAACUGCUACAAGAAUAUUCUGGUACCUCUAGAACUCUACAGACAUAAGUUCACUCAACCCUUGGAACCUUAUAUUCUCAGGGUGCAAUAUGAGAAACAAAUCCCACAGAUUGCAUUCAUUGGUUAUUUGUUUUGGCCACUCUGUAAAACACAGCUUCCUGUUUAUGCCACUUAUCUUGCCUGUAACAUAAGAACUUUAGUUCUGCAUAUGUGGUCAGUGGCUUGCACUUUUUCCUCCCAAGAUCUAUGUGCAAAAGUUGCUGCUACUACUGCUGCUAAAAAAAAACAGAAAAAAAAAAUCAGCACGAAGACAUGAAAGGACUUUGGGAAUGGUUGCCCUGAAAAAGAAAAGAGAGAUAAAAUCAUCAUGCUAUGUUUCUUUGCUUUAUUAAAAUGGUCAAAAA